AUGGAUCGGCCUAAUUCAAGAACUAUGAGAAUUCUGCAAAAUGCAAAGAACGCUAAACUUGUAGAAGAUGUUGAAGCUGGUUUAUCUUCAGAAAAAGAAAAUAUUCGUCCAAUAAAUUGUGAAAUCGAGACAGAACUAAACUCAUUUAGCAUGGACGGAAAUAAUCAUGAUAUUAUCAGUAAAAAUGAUGCUCAUGUCGGAGAUAAUGAAGAAAAUAAUAUAAUAACAGAAAAUCCAAACAAUCCAAACAUUCUUGAUAUCUCUAGUUGUUAUGGGCUACAAAAUACUAAUAAUUUCUCAAUGAAUGAACCUGAAGAUAUCGGGGGAAGUCAUCGAUUAUCAGAGAGUGAUUCUUUAUUAAUUUUCGAUAUACCUGAAGUAACAGAAAAUAUAUUCUCGAACAGCAAUGAGGAAUUCAAUGUUGAAAGCUGCCUAAAUCAACCCGAUCAUAUGAAUUUGGGAACACUUGACCAGCUUGACCUACAGUUCAUUGGUGAAGAUCGCGAGGUUUUUGUUUUACAGAACACGAAUCUGAAAGAAUUUCGAGAUGAGGAAAAAGAUACUAACUCAGAUUCAAUUGAAGAACGUGAAGAAGAAAAUGAAGAAGAACAUGAAGGUGACCAUGAAGAAGAACAUGAAAAAGAAUAUGAAGAAGAACAUGAACAGGAACAUGAAAAAGAACAUGAAGGAGAACAUGAGCUGAGAGAUUUUUCAGAAACAGGAGAAAAUGUUGACAAAGGGAAAAGGAGAAAGAGGUAUCUUGUAGAUGAGGCUAAAUGGUCUAGCAGUAUCAAUAAAAAGAGGCGAGAGAAGGGUGAAAAAUAUUAUGGUAAAAAGAAAGUCGAUAAUGAAUGGAAAUAUAACGUUUUUCGUCAGAAGAAAGUUAUCAAAUGUAGAUGCAAAUGCAAAUUGUCUUCGAAAAAAUCAGUUCUGAAAUGUGGAUUGUUGACAGAAGAUGAAAGAAAUGAAAUAUUUAGUUCGUUUUGGUCAGAGUUAGACUGGAAGCAAAGGAAACUAUACAUUCAAUUGUUGGUGAAUGUGAAGACUACAAGGAGGCACAGGCACAGGUUAGUCGAGGCAGAAUCCAGAAGGAAGUAUUCCUGGAAAUAUCAUUUGAAAAAAUCUGAUGAGAGGAUACCAGUAUGCAAAACAAUGUUUCUGAAUACCUUGGGUAUAGGUGAAAGAAUGGUAAUGAACUGGAAACAAGCUGAGUUAUCCGAAGGAAAGUCGUUGAAAAGUGAAAUUGACAAUGAUAAUUCGACUGUGAGAAAUGAUCUUAAAGAAAAUCUAAGGCUGUUUUUCAGAGAAAUUCCCAAGACUGAAAGUCAUUAUUGUAGAGCGAGCUCUUCAAAAUUAUAUCUGGAACCAAAUUGGACUUCCAAGUCGGCGCUGUACAACUUAUAUAAAAAUACAUGGUGUGUUGAACAGCACAUGAAGCCACUAUCCAUUGCAGUCUUUUAUCAUAUAUUCGAUGAAAUGAAUUUAAGCUUAUUCAGACCCAAAAAAGACCAGUGUGAUACGUGUUUCACGUAUAAAGCAGGAAACUUAUCAGAAGAAGCUUAUGAAUGUCAUCAGCUGAAGAAGAGAGAAGCAAGAGAAUCCAAAGCUGCAGAUAAAGAAUCCAAUAACAAGGUUUACUGUAUGGAUCUCCAGUCUGUAUUACUCUGUCCAAAAUCCAACGUAUCGUCACUAUAUUUCAAAACCAAACUUAUAGUCCACAAUUUCACAAUCUAUAACAUGAAGACCAAAGAAGCCUAUUGCUAUUUAUGGCAUGAAUCAGCUGGUGGCGUAUCAUCAAAUGACUAUUGUUCGAUUAUUUGUUAUUUUCUGAAACAAUUCGUAAUUGGAACAUUGAGUCCCGAUCAGAAUAUCAUUAUAUACAGUGAUGGUUGUACGUCACAAAAUAGAAACGCAAAUCUAUCCAAUGCUCUACUGAAUAUGGCCUCAUACUACAAAGUAACGAUUGAGCAGAAAUAUUUGGAAAAGGGCCACACCCAAAUGGAGGCAGACUCCAUACAUUCCACCAUUGAACAGAGACUCCGAAGAACUGAUAUUAAUGUCCCAGCAGACUACGUCGGUGUCUGUUUAGCAGCAAGAAGAAAUCCAUCACCCUACUUAGUGAAAUAUUUAGACUAUACAUUUUUCAAAAACUUUGGUGAGCUAAAAUUUUUGUCGUCAUUACGCCCAGGAAAGCGGACUGGAGAUCCAGUCGUUACCGAUAUUAGGGCAUUGCAGUAUUCCCCAAAUGGUUCAAUUCUUUAUAAAUUGAGACAUACUGAUACAUACACCCCCUUACUUUUUCGAAAUCCAAACAAGAUCCAACCCUGUUCACUGGAAUCUCUUCCCCAAUUAUAUGGACGGCCAAUACCAAUAAAGAAGGAUAAAUGGGAUAAUUUACAAUCUUUGAAAAAAAGUUUGAAAAAGGAUUAUCAUUCUUUUUAUGACAAUUUACCAUAUUUUUAA